AUGAAGGUCCUCCUCAUCUUCACCCUCUUCCUGACUUCAGGUGGAGGAGAAUCAGGGAGAGUGAUGGGAUAUUCAGGAGGAGGAGUCCUCAUCAAGUGUAGAUAUGAGACACAAUACACAUCAAACCCAAAAUACUUCUGUAAGGGUCCAUGGUCAAACUGUGCUGACCAGAUCAAGACAGGACUUAAGAAUGCGUGGAUAAACAGUGGAAGAUUCUCACUGUUUGACGACACCAGAGCUGCACAGUUCUGGGUGGUGAUCACAGAGCUCACUGUAGAGGAUUCUGGAACGUACCAGUGUGCAGUUGACGUAGGAUUUCAGCUAGAUGUCUACACAGCAGUGAAACUGAACGUAAAGGAAGAUCAAGACUACAAGAAGAGCAUCAGUGUGACUGGCGAUGUAGGAGGACGUGUCAACAUCAGCUGCAAAUACCCAAAAUCCCACAGGAUUGACCCAAAGUUUCUCUGUAGGAGAGUGGGCACUGCUGACUGUAACUAUAAAACAUCAGGUAAACAGAGCAGAAGAUGGAUAAAGCAGGGAAAGUUCUCUCUGUAUGAUGACAGAGCAAAGCAGAUCUUCACUGUGAGCUUCAGCAGUCUGACUGAGGGAGACUCUGGUGAAUACUGGUGUGGAGUUGAAUCAGACUGGACAGCUGACCAUGGAUACAAGGUCUAUAUCACACAGAUCAACCUCACAGUUACGGAAUCUCCAAUAUCAAGAAACCAGACAUCAGUCAGUGAGCCACCUGCCUUCACUCCAUCACCUGUCUUCCUUGUACAAACCUCAACAUGGCCAGUUCAAUCAUCUGCCGUACAACUUGUACAGAGUAACUCAACAGGUCCUGCCAUAUACUCCUCUAUCAGUGUUGGGAUUGUGUUGUUAACCAUUGGUCUGGUUACAGCAUUCUACUACAAAAUAAAACCCAAAGGUGGAGAAACAGUGAUGCGAUAUUCCGGACAGGUGCUCCACAGUUUGGACACCACCACUAACCAACCAGAUUUAGUUUACCAAAGUCUGGACACCACCACUAACCAACCAGAUUUAGUCUACCAAAGUCUGGACACCACCACUAACCAAUCAGAUUCUGUCUACCAGAGUUUGGAUAACACCACUGACCAAUCAAAUUCAGUCUACCAGAGUGUGGACAUCACCAAUAACCAAUCAGAUUCAGUCUACCAGAGUUUGGAUCCCACCACUGACCAAUCAGAUUCAGUCUACCAGAGUUUGGAUACCACCACUGACCAAUCAGAUUCAGUCUACCAGAGCUUGAACACCACCACAAACCAAUCAGAUUCAGUCUACCAGAGUCUGAACCCACCAUUAACCAGUCCAACUCUGUGUCUAAUUCAUGUACAUGUGACUAACCCUAGUCCUCCCCUGCCUCCUUCCCACUCGUCUGUUCCACUGGCAACAGCUUCAUCACAGCCGAUCCUGACCUCGACGCCGCCCGACCAUGAAGAAGAGCACCACGAGGAGAGGAGACAGCGGAGGAGGCAGCAGCGGCAGCGGAGGAACCUAGCCAAGAGGAGCAGCUCCAACAAGCUCAGAGGGAACUGA